AUGCGCAUGGGGCUCUUUGGUGUUGGAGACAGGAAAGUGCUUGCAGCCUGUGGACCAGAGAUCUCCUGGAAAUUAGAAAAGAAGGAUAUCCAGCAGCGUCGGGAUGCUGAUCUGCCCACAGCCUCUGGAAGACUCAAUCAUCUCUUCUGGGUGACCCCCAAGCCACGGCUGGCUGACCAAGGAAGUCAGUCAGACCCCAGAGAGACAAGGACUCCUCACAUUGGAAAGAAACCUCAACAAUCAUCCAAUGCUGUCCACACCCACCAUCUUCAAGAGAAUUUUUCUGUUUUGCAUUUUAGAUUUGAAAUUGAAAUUGAACCUCUGUUUGCCAGUAUCGCCCUCUACGAUGUUAAAGAAAGGAAAAAGAUCUCAGAAAAUUUUCACUGUGACCUAAACUCCGACCAGUUUAAAGGAUUUCUGCGAGCUCAUACACCCUUGGUUGACCCAUCGAGUCAGGCAAGAUCUGCGGUGUUCUCGGUCACCUACCCAUCCCCAGACAUCUACUUGGUAGUCAAGAUUGAAAAGGUCCUUCAGCAGGGAGAGAUUGCAGACUGUGCAGAACCCUACAUGGUUAUCAAAGAAAGUGAUGGUGGAAAGAGUAAAGAAAAAGUUGAAAAACUCAAACUUCAAGCUGAAUCCUUCUGCCAGCGAUUGGGGAAAUACCGGAUGCCCUUCGCCUGGGCUCCCAUCAGUUUAGCAAGCUUCUUCAAUGUCUCUACCCUUGACAGGGAGGUAACGGAUGUGGAGCCUGUGGUUGGGAGAAGCUCUGUGGGUGAGCGGAGACUGUCCCAAUCCAGGCGGCCAUCUGAACGAGCCCUUUCCUUGGAGGAAAAUGGCGUUGGAUCCAACUUCAAAGCCACCACCAUGAACAUUAACAGCUUUUUCAAGCAGGAGGGAGAUCGUCUUAGUGAUGAAGACUUGUUUAAAUUUUUAGCUGACUACAAGAGAUCUUCAUCCUUACAGAGAAGAGUCAAGUCAAUUCCAGGCUCACUCAGGCUGGAGAUAUCUGCAGCUCCAGAGGUGACCAGCUGCUGUCUGACUCCUGAAAUGUUGCCUGUGAGACCCUUUCCUGAAAACCGCACACGUCCACUCAAAGAGAUUUUGGAAUUUCCAAUCCGAGAAGUGUAUGUCCCUCAUACCGUGUACAGGUAAGAAACAGAGGCCCCCCAUGAUCCCACAUUCUGAGAUAACAAGUUUGGAUAAUCCUCCAACUUCUCUUCCUACCUUCCUAAGGCGGGGCGGUGGGGGAAUGAAAUGUGAUAUCUAUGCAACUAUCAAUAAUUGUGAGAUCUCUUUCUAGAGAUAGUUUACCUAAUUCUCUUUAACAAGAAGUUGCUUCUUCAAUCAUAAAUGCAAUUUCGAUUAUAGUGGAUAUAUUCUGACCAGAAACAAAAAAACCCUGUUAUCUUUUUUUCUGUGCAGAAAGACAUAUAAGGAAAACAGUAAUGUGACAGAAAUAUUCCACACGUGGACCACCGAGCACAGUAGCCACUAGCCCAUUCAGCACUUAGCUAUUCAGCAUUUGAAAUGUGGCUAGUGUGAUGGGGGAAAUAAAAAAUUGAAUCUUACUUAGUAAUAAUUCAUUUAAAUAGCAAUAUGAGCUUAGUGGCUACCAUGUGGAGAGCGAGGAGCUAACUGGGCCUACAGGCUAGGUCGCUUUGAUUUCUAAAAGGGGCCCCCCCCAGUGCCACGGGGCCUGGAAAGGAACACGUGUCAGCACUCAGAUGCCAAAAGCAUUGCUGCUCAGGUACUUUUAUUCUGAGAAGAUUUUUUUAAUGCAGUAAAUAAUUAUGCAUCUUUUAUCUACAAUCCAGAAAUGAUGUUUUGUUGUUUCUGUAUUUUUAUAUAAAACAUGAAAUCAAAUCAUAUUAAUUAAAUGAAGUCUUCUUUAUCCCCAGUGUCCAAUCACUGAUCUCUACUUUGCUGACCAUUCACCACUGUUAUCAUGGAAGGAAGUUAUGUGUCCUUCCAUUUUCUUUGAUUUUUACACACGCAUGAAUAGCAAACAAUAUUAUUUUUAUA